CGGAUCCCCGGACUGGGGCGGCGGCGGUGGCGGCGGGUCAGGCGGGAGGUGGGGCAGCCCCGGAGGGGCUGCGGUGGGGCUCGGGAGCGGGCGGACUCAGCGCCCGCCGGAGGAGCGGCGGGGCCGGGACAGGUCUCAGAGCGCCUGCUGGACCCUUCGUGGCUGAGAGGAGGAGCUGUGAUCUGGAAGCACUGAAUCCUUCUGGCCUCUCUGCAGGUCGCUGUGGCAGCCUGCGGGGAAGAUGAACGGCUGGGUUUCUCACACACUCUGCCUGUCCGUCAUCCUGGUGUCCCUGUUGAACAGUGUCCUUGCGUGGAGUAGUCAGGAUCUCCAUUGUGGAGCUUGUCGGGCCCUGGUGGACGAGCUGGAGUGGGAGAUCUCCCAGGUGGACCCCAAGAAAACCAUCCAGAUGGGGUCAUUCCGUAUCAACCCGGACGGCAGCCAGUCGGUCGUGGAGGUGCCCUACGCUAGAUCCGAAGCUCACCUGACAGAGCUGCUGGAGCGGGUCUGUGAGAAGAUGAAAGAGUAUGGGGAAAAGGUGGAUCCCUCCACCCACCGGAAAAGCUACCUCCGCGUGAUGUCCCACGAUGGGACCAACAUGGACCUUUCUGGGACCAAAAUGGACGGGGACGUGACGUCCCGCCUGAAGUUUGCGUGCGAGAGCAUCGCCGAGGAGUAUGAAGAUGAGCUUAUUGAAUUCUUCUCCCAUGAGACGGACAACGUCAAGGAUCGGCUCUGCAGCAAACGGACUGAUCUGUGCGACCAUGCCCUGAACAUCCCCCAUGAUGAGCUGUGAAGUGCAAAGGCCCGGAUCAAACUGGACAUCCCCUGCAGCGGACUCCUCCCCUAUCUGCUGGCAUUGCCCUGGGAACCUCGCUGGGUGUCACCUGGAAACCCCAAACUUUGCCUGGGGAAGAAAGCAGGACAGAAACUUCCUUCAGAGGGAAAGACGCUGUUCUUCUCCUGCCCCUCGGGAUUGCUUGACUUUCCAUCUGCCUUUAAGCUGUCGAUGUUUCCUCCCUCAUCCCUUCCCCGAGGAGAUGGACAGAUGUGCCUGUAGAGUCCUGAGUCUGGAUUUGACCCCUCGUCCCUCCGCCCACCUACUCUGGUGCUUUUACGUCUUAUUUAUUUUAGUUGAGUCUUGGGGUGGGAGUGUCAGCUGUUGGGAAGAGGAAAGGGGGCCAGGAACCAGGACUUCUGGGUUCUGUUCCAGCUCUGAGAGGAGAUGCUCUCUGUGGGGCAGAGUCAGGCAUGGGCAUCAGGACUCAGAGUUGCAGAAGGGCUGGUGGAGUGAGACCUCCUGGGUUUUAUUCUGAGCAGCAAUGUGUUCUAGUAGCUACAGUGCUGGAGCUGGAGUCAGGACUCUGGUUCUGGUCUGGCUCUGUCACUAUCUCACCAUGACCUCGGGCAACUCACUUCUCUGUGGCUUUUCUGAAGGGCCCAGGGGAAGGGGACUGCACAGAGACUUCUCCACCAUCAUCCGUCCAAAGGGGACAUUUCCAGCCACCAGCAGCAGGAGCAAUGAGUAUUAAGCUCAAAUGACAGCCAGCGAAGACACAGCCGAGUCGGCGCUCUGCUAGCAACGUCUGCACGCGCAGGGUGGAGGGAUCCAGUUUUCCAGGGGGAGUCGUGCUACUUUGAAGGGCUUGUUUUUAAAUGUCUCAGGUCUGUUUCCUGAGGACCUCUUUCUAGGCUGCAGAUUGCUGUGAUCUCCGUCGGAGGGCAAUAGAAUAAACCUCUGGCCACACUGCAGUUGGAA